GCAACAAAACAACAUUCACAGCAACAACCACGACAACAACAACAACAACCACGACAACAACGCGCGACACACACACACACACGCGGGUGUCGGGGUAACAACACUCCUCACGUCACCCAAGUCGGGCGACCUUCAGGCCCGCGGGCCCCAACGGAGCCUCGCCUCGCCCUCGCCUCGCCCGCCUCGCCGCUCAAGUUCACCCGGGGUGUAGGCAGCUCUGCCGUAGCCCUCAUGCUGGUGGUGCCGGUUUCCCGCUUGGCCUCCGCCCUGGCUCCCCGCGCCUGCGCCCAGGCCUGGAGAUCUCCCCUCGGGGUGCAGCCGCUCGGUGCGGCCUUCAUCACCGCCACCACCAUCGUCCCGCAUGCCCAGGGGCAACAGCGGCGGCGGCGGUGGUGGAGGGGGGGCCACUGGGGCACCCCUGCGGGGGUCGUGAACCACGCGCGACCCCGCGACCUCGGCCCCCCUUUGCGGUCGCCGUGGUCGCGAGGCCUCUCCACGGCAACGCAGGGGGGCGGCGGUGGCUCCUCGUACCGGCGUGGGCGGAAGGGACACGGCAAGGACGCUCGUCCGGAGGAAGAUGACAGCAACGAGGAGCAGCCUGGCGAGGAGGAUGAGGAGGAGGAGGAGGCUCCGUUCGUGACGCAGGAAGGUGUCGUGAAGGACUACAAGGACCUUGAAAAGACGGUGGCUUCCUUCCGAUUUGACCUCGUCAUGAAGGCCGGCCUGGACAUCUCAAACAAGGCCAUCGAGGACGCCUUCUACGCCAGCCGCCUGCGGCUCAACGGACAGAGGCUGAUCAAGAAGAGCCGAACGGUGCGCGAGGGCGACGUCCUGGACCUGCUGCUGCCGCUUCCCACGGGGGCGCCGGCCGCGGCGUCGGUCUCUGCGGCGAAGACCGACGAGGGGAGGAGGGGAGGAGGUGGAGGAGGUGGAGGAGGUGGAGGAGGAGGCGCCCAGGGGGAGGCGGUGGCACGCGUGGUGGUGCUGCAUGCCAGCGAGGAGCGCUUGCCCUCACAGCGCUACGGCGUGCGCCUGCGCCGCUGGAAGCAGCUGCUGCUGCCGCCGCCCACGCCGCGCGGCACCGCCUAGCGGGGUGGGGGGCUAGCGGUGGAGGGG